AUGUCUGAAAAUAGUUUAGAAGCAUGCAAAGUUCCAGGUACCGCCAGUCCUGUUGACUUAGAGAAGCAAUUGGACCUGAAACAAGAAACCAAACCACGAGUGCAAGAAUACUGUGUACUUUCUUUCAAACGGAAAAGCUUUAUUGUUGGUAUUGUAACUUUGGCUGGAUUCUUAGGUCCAGUAUCAGGAAACAUCUACAUUCCUAUCUUGCCAGAAUUAGAAAGAGUUUUUGGUGUCUCUACUACAGCCAUUAAUGGAACAGUAUCAGUAUUCAUGGUUGUUUUUGCCUUUGCCCCUUUAUUGUGGGCUAGUUGGGCCGACUUUGGUGGAAGAAAAGUGUUAUACUUGAUAUCCUUGGUAUUCUUUAUUAUAGCCAAUAUACUUUUAGCUACAGUUCCUGCCAAUAUUGGUGCACUUUAUGUGUUGAGAAUUCUACAAGCUUUCGGUGCAUCUAGUGUUAUGUCCGUCGGUGCUGGUACUGUAACAGACAUUAUCGAACCCAAGAAUAGAGCAAAAGCGGUGUCGUAUUUUAUGUUGGGACCCCAGCUUGGGCCCAUUUUGGGUCCUAUAUUCUCGAUCAUUGCUGCCAGUGGAGAAUGGAGAUGGAUUUUUGGGUUUUUGGCAUUGCUUGGUUUUGUUGUCUAUAUUAUCAUAUUAGUCUUUUUACCUGAGACUUUAAGGUAUUUAGUUGGAGAUUGCUCUUGUUAUCUUGGAACUUCACUCUUUGUGAAGCCAAGGAUUUGGCAAACUAAGAUUGUAGAAGACAGUCCAAGAUACCCAAAACCUCCCAAACCUAGCUUAAAAAACUAUUGGAAAAUCUUUAAAUACAAACCGGUUAUGCUCUGUUCAAUCAAUGGUGGUAUCUUGUUUGCAACAUUUUAUGGUGUAAGUGUUACUUUUACCCAAGUAUUACAGACUCAAUACGGUUUUACAAAUUUACAAACUAGUAUUUCCUAUAUAUGUCCAGGAUUGGCUAUGGUUGCUGGUUCAAUUAUUGGUGGGUGGUUGUCUGAUAAACUUAGAGCAGAUAUGAUUAAGAAAGAUCCUGCUUCCUAUAUUCCAGAGAAGAGAUUUUCACUACAAUUUUUUGGUUUACUUAUUUCUAUGGCUGGUGUAAUUGGAUAUGCCUGGAGUGUUCAUAAACAUAUUCAUGUUGUUGCUAUAUUCGUCUUUACAUAUUUAACUGGGUUUGGUAUGACUUGGGUUUUCGUUGCAAAUACAACUUAUUUAACUGAAUGUUCUAGUGGUCAACCAGCCACUAACGUCGCAAUUGGAAAUUUCUUUAGAAAUAUUGCAGCCGCUAUUUCUUCGGUCAUUAUUGAUAGACUUGUCGAAAAGAUGGGUUUCGGAUGGUGCUUUACCGGUCUCGGCCUAUUAGACUUGAUUGGAAUUGGAUUUGUCUUUAUAUUGUUAAAAUGGGGUCCUAAAUGGAGAAGAGAACAUGAGCAAAAUAAAUAA